GAACGUAACUAUAUAGUAGGCUGUGACUUCGCAGCUUGGUAGUAAGUUUCCGGUAACAGCCAAUCACCAAAGCAUCGUUAAUCAUAGGAAGUUGGGGAAUUUGUGGUAGUUCGAGAGAGUGAGGAGGGAGUUCUGUCAUACUGAGUCCAGAACGAGAUAACUCUGUUGGAGACAUGUCGGAGUCCAGUGAUUUGGAUCGUCAGAUAGAGCAACUUAAGAAAUGUGAAAUAAUAAAAGAAUCUGAAGUGAAAGCACUUUGUGCCAAAGCCCGAGAAAUCUUGGUGGAAGAAAGCAAUGUUCAGAGAGUUGAUUCCCCAGUAACAGUAUGUGGUGAUAUACAUGGACAGUUUUACGAUCUGAAAGAACUAUUUAAAGUUGGUGGUGAUGUUCCUGAAACAAAUUAUCUUUUUAUGGGUGACUUUGUUGAUAGAGGUUUCUACAGUGUGGAGACAUUCUUAUUGCUUUUGGCAUUGAAGGUUAGAUACCCCGAUCGCAUAACCCUCAUUCGAGGUAAUCACGAAUCGAGGCAGAUCACUCAAGUUUAUGGAUUCUAUGACGAAUGCUUAAGAAAAUAUGGAAGUGUGACUGUCUGGAGAUACUGCACUGAAAUAUUUGACUAUUUAAGCCUUUCUGCUAUUAUUGAUGGGAAGAUUUUCUGUGUGCAUGGAGGACUUUCACCAUCAAUACAGACCCUUGACCAAAUAAGGACAAUAGAUAGGAAACAAGAAGUACCUCAUGAUGGACCUAUGUGUGAUUUGCUGUGGUCAGACCCAGAAGAUACGCAGGGAUGGGGAGUAAGCCCACGAGGUGCAGGAUAUCUGUUUGGAUCUGAUGUAGUGUCACAGUUCAAUGCUUCUAAUAACAUUGACAUGAUAUGUCGAGCGCAUCAACUUGUCAUGGAAGGGUAUAAGUGGCAUUUCAAUGAGACAGUUCUGACUGUGUGGUCAGCUCCAAACUACUGUUAUAGAUGUGGGAAUGUUGCAGCAAUUUUGGAACUCAGUGAGCAUCUACAAAGAGACUUCACAAUUUUUGAGGCUGCACCACAGGAAAGUAGAGGAAUACCAUCAAAGAAACCACAAGCUGACUACUUCCUCUGAAGUGUUUUAGUGUUUAAGUUCAUUCAUGUGUGCAUGAUGUCAGUUUGAGAGUGGGACGGAAGUCAUUUCAUCUGUGUACUUGAUAUGUAAAGAAAUAGAAUGAAUGUGGAUUAUUUUAUUAAAUAUCAUCUUCAGAAUAAAUGUGAUUUCUGGCUUUUGUUAUAAAUUUUUAAAAAAUAAACAUUUGUUUUCAUUUUUAUGUAAGAUGUUUUUGAGAUGAAGUUUGAUAAUAAGGCUGAUAGUUAUGUUCUAAAUAACAAAUGUGAAAUUUUUCCAUGUGUAAAAAAUUAAGACAAAUCAUUUCCAAAACUUGAUCAUUGUCUUUAGUUCAUGCAUUUAAAAUUAAAAUAUGAUUGCAACAAGA